ACGUGCGGAUGUAGUCUGCCACAGUAAAAACAGACAAUUACGGUUUCACUUCUAAAAUAAAACAAUACAUGGGACAAUGCUGACGUAAUGCUGAGUCAUCCAUGCUCCGCCCGCAAGUCUUGUAUCUUUGACUUUGGUCGCCGCCCGCCCAUCAGACGUGACAGCACAGGCCGUGUUUUCAGGUGCUGUUGCAGUGAAGAUGGACUCUAAGCACUAGUUGUAAUGGCUUAUUUGCCUUCUGAAGCAAGCUAGCUGUGUCUCGGAGGUUUGUUUUUCCCUGUCAAAUCUCCGCGGGAAGGGAGCGAGAACUGGGCUAGUCUCACAAAGACCACAAAAAAUGCACCCUGACUCGGAAUUGAGAAUUUGAACUGCAUCGCUGGGAUAAAUAAUUUAUGUGGUAAUGGCUGGGCUGAUCAAGAAACAGAUCCUCAAACAUCUCUCCAGGUUUGCUAAGAACCUGUCCCCAGACAAGAUCAACCUGAGCACGUUGAAGGGCGAGGGCCAGCUCACCAACCUGGAAUUGGAUGAGGAGGUACUGCAGAGCAUGUUGGACCUGCCCACCUGGCUGGCCAUCAACAAAGUGGGCUGCAACAAGGCUGCCAUCCGGAUCCCAUGGACCAAGCUGAAGACCCACCCCAUAUCUCUGACCCUGGACAAGGUGGUAAUGGAGAUGAGCACCUGUGAUGAGCCCCGCCCUCCCAAUGGCCCGUCUCCCAUAGCAACGGCCUCGGGGCAAAGUGAGUAUGGCUUUGCUGAGAAGGUGGUGGAGGGCAUCUCUCUGUCCAUCAACUCCAUCGUGGUGAAGAUCAGUGCCAAGGCGUUCAACGCCUCCUUUGAGUUGAGCCAGCUGCAGGUCUACUCUGUCAACACCAGCUGGAGCCUGUCGGACCUCCGCUUCACACGCAUACAGGACCCACACAGAGGAGAGAUCCUGACGUUUAAGGAGAUCAGCUGGCAGAUGAUCCGCAUCGAGGCGGACGCCAUCCAGAGUGCCCAGAACGAGAUGCUGAGUGCCCCCAUCCGCCUCAUCACCAACCAGUCCAAGAUCAGAGUCACCCUGAAGAGACGGUCCAAGGACUGUAACGUGGUGGCCUCUAAGCUGAUCCUGAUCCUAGAUGACCUGCUGUGGGUGCUGACUGACUCCCAGCUCAAAGCCAUGGUCCAGUACGCCAAGUCACUCAGCGAGGCCAUGGACAAGUCUGCUCAGCAGAGGAAGAGCAUGGCCACCGAGGACCAGGAGUCGUCGGCGCCCCCUUCAGCCCAGCAGGUGCGUAGCCAGCAGGUGUCGUCAGGCACAGCGGCUGACCAGAGCGCCACCAUGGCUAAUCUGUUCGCUGCCUUCGACGUGUGUGAGACCUCCCACCACCUGCAGAUCACACACCUCGACCUGCACAUCUGUGACGACAUACACGCCAAGGACAGAGUGAUCAAUAAGAGGAUAACUGGUGGGGCCAUGCAGCUCUCCUUCAGUCACAUUACCCUGGACUACUAUCCCUCCCACAGAGCAGGUGAGAGUUGUCUCCACUGGAUGCAGUACAGUGAGGCCACUAAGGCCAGGGAGGGCUGGGCCAGGAGUCUGCUGGAGGAGUUCAAGUCUAACGUGGAGAUGUUGAAGACCGCCAAGAGAGACCGGGAUGGCCCGGCCAACUGUCACACCUCACCACAGCACGGUAAGAUCAGUACUAGUUCUACCAGUAUCCUCAGUCCUCCCCAGACCCCCAGAGCGCAGCUCCUGUCCAGCUCCAUUGUCCUCAGGAUAGCUGACUUCAGCAUCUACCAGGUGUCCACAGCAGACCAGCGUCGCUCCAGCCCUAAGGCCAUGAUCUCCUGUAAUAAGAAGUCCCUGUACCUCCCUCCUGAGAUGCCUGCCAUCCACGUCGAGUUCACCGAAUACUACUUCCCUGACGGAAAGGACUACCCCAUCCCCUGCCCCAACCUGUAUGUGCAGCUGAAUGCGCUGCAGCUGGUGCUGGACCCCAGGAGCCUGGUGUGGUGCAACCUGUUUACGCUGGACCUGAGGCAGAGCCUGGAACAGUUCAUGGAGCUCUACAAGCUCAACGACGAGGAACAGAAGCCUGACGAGCACAUCGACAUCAGGGUGGACGGACUAAUGCUGAAGUUGGUAGUGCCCACGGACAGGGACCCCUCCUAUCCCCAGGACCUCCCCCGCUCCGUCUCUGUCCAAUGCUCGGAGAUGGUGGCCACCAACACCCGCCACCACCCCAACUGCUCCCGCUCCCACCUGGAAGCCCUCCUCCUCUCCUUUCAAGAACAACAGUUCUUCUCCACCUCCUUUUCCUCCUUCCCUCGCUCCUCCACCUCCUUCCCGGUGAUCCACCCCGUUUUCCAGCGCCACGCGCAUGAGCAGGACACUAUGUUGCACAAUGUGUAUAAAGGGUUGGUGUCGCCCUCGUUGGGCGUGGAUGCCCUCAAAACGCCAGCUGCCACAGACUUGUGGGCGGUUCAUUUUGCCCAGUUCUGGGUGGACUACGAGGGGACGCGCGGCGGAAAGGGGCGGCCCCAGCCCUUCGUUGAUGCCUUCCCCCUCACUCUGUGGGCGUGCCAGCCGGUCAGACAUGCCCAGCACCAGGAGCGGCUAAUGGGUAAGGCUUCGAGAGGGCAGAGAACGCCCCUUUCUGCAGCUGCAGGCCUGGCCAGGAGCGAGCCUGUGGAUACCGUUGGACGUCUGCAGAGGAAGAAGCUUUUGAAGGAGUACUAUAGUACUGUUACGGACACCACGGCAACAGAGGCCUCGCUGCCGCCGAGCAACGGGUUUCACAAGCCACUGUCCCUGGACAACAUCCCCCCACCUUCCUCAUCUUCCUCUUCCAGUAAGGAGGCAGACAUGCACAUGUUAGUGCACGUACAAAAGCAUUUGAGUGCUCAGGUGAGCCACAGGCAGUACAUGUUCCUGAUGCGGCUGCAGCGCAGCAUCAAAGCCUUGCAGCACACCCUGCAACAGGACCUGGAGGGGAUGGGCUCCAAACGAGACAAGGCAAAGACCACAUCGGACCCCCCUCCAGACCACCAGCCCUUCAGUGCCUGUGUGGGGAUCCUGCUCAAAAGUGCAGAGGUAGCCCUCCUCUUGAAGCCGGUACCCCAGCCCGAGGGUCCUGGUUCCCCGCUAGGGUCGGAGUUGUCCCCCUCGGAGAGUAGAUGCACCUUGGAGACUGGGAGUGACGGAGGGGAGGGGGGUAGAGGAACCCACGUGGAGGGGGCUGGGGCAAAGGGAAGCUGUACAGUGGACCAGCUUAUGUGCGGGGGAGGGGUAGAGGGUGGUAUAACGCAAGGCCCCGCCCCUCUCAUCCCUGCCUCUGCCCCCAACCUGAAGGCUUCUCUUGACGAGAGGACAGGGAGAUCGAGUUCAGAGGAGUUGGGAGAGGCUUCCCUGGAGGCCUGUACUGGGGGAGAGGAGCCGGGGACCGGAGUUGAUUGUAAAGCCCAGCAGGGUGAGUCCUCCGGGGCAGACCCCACUCUCUCAGACCCCCUCUCCACCAAAGACUGGAAUGAGAAGAACCCUGGGGCCAGAUUGCCUGAGUCUAUGUCCAGGAAAGGCAGUCUGUCAGUGGUUUCUGACCGGCUCAGCUCCUCAAACACCCGGUCCACCUCCCUUUAUUCUAUUUCCAACAUUGGGCGUCUGAUGAGGGAGCGUUCCCAGUCCAGUUUCUCAGUGUCCUAUAAGAACAUGAAGAAGACUCCGUCUCUGCAGUCCUUGGACAACCUCUCCAUAGACAGCUACCUGAUGGAGGAUGGAGACACAGACACAUACAGCCUGCUGGAGAGGGACGACGUGUCCAUCUCAGGCUUUAAGGAUGUGGUGAGGGAGCAGAGUGCCACAGAAAUUGCCAAGGAGGCAGCAGCAGUAGCGGCCAUGGGCACAGGGGAGCAGGACGGUGCUGGUUCACCAGAUACUGUCAGUGCCACCUCCCAGAGCAUCGACGAACCUACCAAAGACAUGGUGUCGGUGCUGGUGCUGAAGGUGCAGUGUGUGUGUGGGGGGAUGGAAGUGCGAGGGGAGAGCACGGCUGUGUCUCUAGAGGUGGGCUGCGUCAGACCCACACAGCUGGGAAACGUCAGCCUCCGACAAUACCUCAGCAACCGCAGCCUUGGUAUGGUACCCCCUGCCCCAGGCAGCGAAGGUGGUGGUCUGGAGGCCAAUUCAGACGGGACCACCCAUCUCCCGGAGGUCAGGGCUCGGCUGGAGAGCGGGCCCUGUGCUGCCACCCACUCCCCCCUGGCCGAGACCAACGGUUUCCUCCAGCUGCGUCUCCACGGCUACCGGGCCAGCUUCCUCAUGUCGUCGCUACGGAACCUGGCUCACUUCCUGGAGGAUGACUCCACCCCCCAGGUCCUCCCGAUGGAGAUCAGCAUCAGGGACACACACAUCGACCUGAAGGAUGAUGGUCUCCGUGACAACCCAUCUGACCCUGAUCCCACCCCCAUCACCCUGCACAUCACCAACCUGCUCAUCCACAGGACAGACGAUGGAGCCUUCUCUAUAGGGGUGGAAAAUGCGUCUGAGGCGGGGCCUAAGAAAGAAGUCCAAUUGAUUGACAGCGGUCUGUCUCCAGUCUCUGAGAGUGUGGUCAGCAGCACACUCAAGGCCACACAGACCCCCGGCCCUCCUAGCCCUAGCACAACCCCCUCCAACAAAGAACAGCUGCUGAUAGAGGAGAACGAGUGUUUGAAACUGGAGCUCUCCAAUGCCAAGAUGGCUCUAGCUGAGGCCCAAAUGGAGAAGGACUCCCUGUUGCACCGCAUGAAGAGUCUCAAAGUGAACAGCAGCUAGGGUAGGCCACUAGAGGCCCAGUGACCACCAGUCUGUAGUGCUGCAUAUCACCACAGGGGGGAAGCAGAGAGGAGAGGGGGGUGCUGGAUACUGGAGCUACUUGAUAUAGCAUCACACAAGUAUUAUUCAAGCAUCAGCAAGGUCAUUCAAGCCUGUUCUUAUGAAGAAGGACUGCAGGACUGCAGUACACAUGCUUGUUUUACGUGAUUGUUGUGCUUGUUUUGAGUUGCUCUCUUUAUGCAGUAAGUUAAUGUUCAGUCUCUCCAUUAAUCCGACUCUGCAAGCCAGAGCAGCCUCCUAAAUAUGGGAGCGUAAGGAGGGAUGAAGGGGAGAGGGGACAAAUCUAAAUUAAACAGCCCUCAAGUGGAAUGGAGGGGCUAGGGAGGUGGGUUGGGAGUCCUGAAUGUUAGUCUCGGGUGGGAAAAGUUGCCCUCCCCGAAUUGAUACCUUCUAUAUGUAAUAUGACCUUUGAUGGGAGGGGCUUUCCUGGGUGGGGUGAGACACUGAAUGUCAUAUCUUUGGAGGAAUGUCUUAAAAAUAGACUUAUUUUGCACUGCGUUGAAACCGAACAUGUAAUUUGGUGCUUAUGGGAAAAAAAAUGUAUCUAGCGCUGAACCAAUUGUAUUUGGAGUGUGUAUGGUAAUGUACUUAUGAUGGGCAAAGCGUACACAAUGUUUUCUACAGAAUUCUGAAUGGUUGUGCAGUGUGUUCAACAUGUAUUUGUCAUGUAACUAAAACAAGCAUUUCAUUUAAUUGAAAAGGGAAAAUAUCCAAUUCUAUAUUUUCACAUGUACUUGUCUUCCAUUCCAUCUAGUUGUCUACAAUGCCCAUAAUGUCCCACUGCACUGUUUAUUCCCCACUAUUUUUCUACAUGUAAAUAGCUAGUUGUGUGUCCAGCACUUUUGAACUACAUUCACUGUAAAUACGAUCCCUGUACGAAAGCAUCGUCCAAUCCGGUUGAGAACACUUCUGUCAUCUCUCGAACAUCCAAUGAGUGGAAAGAACACUAAUAUGGAGAGCAAGUUACCAUCUCUUUUCUCCUAUGAGGAUAAAGUCUGGGGUGUAUUCAUUAUUUGGAUUCCUUUACAAAAUGUAUUUUCUGUUCAAAACGUUUUGCAACUAAAAACAUUUACUCCAAACGGAAAACAUUUUGCAACGAUUGGACAAAUUCAGUUAGGUCUCCCCUUCGUUGGUUCUGAUUGCGGCCUUUGCUUCCGUUAAGUUCCUAGAGUAAAUUGUUUCCGUUGCGAAAAGUUGUUUUGCAAAGGUCUGCGACUAAUGAAUACAGCUCUCGCCUAGCCUCUGCCGAGCCCAACACCGUACGAUCAGGUUUUAAGGGGAAAUGGAAAGAGCCUGCGACUUCCACUUUUGGACAUUAACAAGGUGACGCUCCAUCUUCUCCUCCACAUGUACUGGAUUGGUUGAAUGUUGCAGAAGAGAAUCUCCCUGACUCCUCCCCCCAUUCUUGUAAAGGAUCCCGUUUCAGGCGGUUAUUGUACGCCUGCUACGUUAGGUAACUCCUCCCAGUGCAGGAGGGGAAACACAGGCAUGUGCUUUUCUGUGCGUGCAUUCUAUAUUUGCAUAAUUAUACAUGUGUAGUUUUCACCCACGUGAAGUCGUGCCCAUAUCUACUGCACCAUGCUUGUCUGUUGGGGAAGCCUUGGAGUGUUGUAGAAUAGAGCUUUAUUUCCCCUUUGGAGCAUGCUUUUGGCUCACACAAAAUUCAGUCAGAAGGCAGUUCUGUCUGAAGCAUCACGUCUUACACAGGGACGUUUCCAGUAGUAGCAUGAGAUUUGCUGACGGAUUACAAUGGCUUGCCUCUCUUUAAAGGUGUAGUCUGCAGGUUCUCUGUCCCGUAUGGCAAUGAGAUCAAGUAAAAACACAACUACCCUAAAACAAAACCGAAGAAGGUAAAGGUAGUUCUGUUUACACCAACGAUGGCAACUGGUCUUUCUUUGGUUUUCACUGGCAGGCUCCCUCAAAUGACCCCAUCCUAGUCCUUCAAAAAGGGCAGUUUGGGAAUACAUACUUUUUCUACUUUAAAGGCCUAGUUCAGUCCAGCUGAAUGUCUUUCCAAGCUGCGCUGUCUGCGCUCUGCCUUGAUACGAUGCAGGUUCACUUACCUGCUCAACACUGACAAAACUUGAAUGGCUGGCAGGAUUUGAAUGCUUGAUUGUACUUUAAAGGCUGCCUUCCCUGGAGUUAACUUUCUCAUCCACUUCCUGGUCCGAACGGACCCGCCCCAUCAUUACAAUAGCUCCUCCCUUGACCUGCUCAGCCGCUCCUCUCCUGGGAGCUCCGCCUCCUGAGAACCUGUGUACAAAAAGAAAAUGAUUUGUAAUAUUUGUCUGUCGAAGCUGCUGAGCUACUGAUGAAAAUAAAAAGGUAUCCAAUAAAUGUCUUUCUCAGUUGUCA